GCAAGUCUGUUGAGGAGGAAUGGCGCUACCCCUUCCAUAGUACUCUUCCUCUAUAUUUAUCUUAUAAAAGUUUAUGCUGCGUUGUUUAUACUUCGAAAUAACCCAGAAAGAUUUUCAUAAUAAAUUUUAUAGUCGUUUCUUUUUAAGUGAUUUAUUAAGUAAAUAAAUAAAUAUAUGUCUUGUAUUAAAAAUGUCUUCAGGUAUACUGAGACAAGGACAACGAAUGGCAGUAAAACUGCAUGUCAAAAAUUAUGGUGGUUAUUCGUAUUACAGUUACAGAUCAAGAAACGAAACAAGUUACCUCAGAUGUUACGAUCGUAACGGUGGAGGUUGCCCUGCAAUUGGAAAAAUCGUUAAUGGUGAACCUCUUUUAACAAUUAACCACAACCAUGACAGAAAUCCGUUGUUAUGUGGACAGAAUGAUUUUCAAAAAGCAUUGUACAAGGCGACGAUCAAUCGACCUUUUCAGUCAAUGCGUUUAAUUUAUGAUCAUCUAAGUCAAUUGCACUCGGUAGCAGCUACAAGUUUAACAUGGGUUAAGAUGCAACCUGCAAUGCAACGAUGGCGUUCAAAAGUUCGUCCACAACAUCCUGCAAAUUCUAGAGAUCUCAUGGAAUAUGCAGAACAACUUCAACUACCUCAAUGGCAACAUUUAAUUCGUUAUAACAAUGGUGAAUUGAAUGUACACACUAUUCCAGUUACUGAUGGAUCAUUUGUUACUGUUAUUAGUGACGUUAACUUUUUGGGAUUAUUAAAUCCUACAACUUUUUUUAUGGAUGCAACCUUUAAAAUAACACCAAGAAAACCUAAAGUUUAUCAGGUUUUCUCGAUAAUGGGAUUAGUAGAUGAUACGGCUUUACCAAUAUGCUGGAUGCUUAUGACAGCUAAGUCAUCAUCAGCUUACUCUGCUGGCUUAACUUAUUUUAAAGACGUUUUGGCCCCUCACAUUCAACCACAAACAUUUAUUACUGAUUUUGAAAUCUCUUUGCGGAAUUCAAUUCUAUUUACAUUUCCACAAGCAAAGCAUGUUGGCUGUUUAUUUCACUACUGCCAGGCACUCAUGAGGAAAUUCAAAAAAUUCAAUCUAUUACAGUUGUGUAAAGAAUGGAUUCCAGGGCAAAUUAUAAUACGUAAAUUUAUGGCUCUAGCCUUAUUGCCACAUCAAGAUAUUCCUGCAGGCUUCGAUUGGCUCGUCACGAAUUUACCUGCUGAUAUUAGAAGAAUAUUUGAUCCUUUUAUAGCGUAUUAUAGACGUCAGUGGUUAAUUAGAGAAACUCCAGCUAGAUACAGUGUGUAUAAUGAAAAACAUCGAUCAAAUAAUUAUUCCGAGGCGAGCAAUCGGCGAAAUAAACUUCGGUUUGGAAUUCACCCAUCUAUAUGGACAUUUACAGAAAAAUUGCGAGAUUUACAAGCAGUAACACAUUUAGAACUUCUAUCAUUGUUCCGUGGUGAACCAGUCAUCCGCGAGCCUCGUAGCCAAACAUUAAAAAGAGAUGAGGAUAUUAACAAUGCUUGGAUAUUAUACGAACAAAAUAUUUUAAAUAUUCAAUCUUUCCUAGCUUAUGCUAGUUUUUUUCUGAAGCCCGCGUAUCAAGAAGAAGAGCAGAACCUUAAUAAUAUGGAUAUCGUGACUGAUGAAGAGGAGGAUGUAUUAGAAGUAGGAGGCGUGAUUCUACAGCCACCAGAAUACUAUUAUGCAAUGGAAGUUUUUCAUGAAAUUGAUGUAGUGUUUGAAUAGUAGAGAAUCGUAUGAAAAUCUAACUAUUGCAUUGGUCUUCAUGACGAAACUUUUGAAAAAUUUGGAUAUAUUUUGACUCAGCUCGUCAACU